AUGCCCUAUUGCCGGAGAACAAACCUCUGCAGUAAACCCCGGGAAAAGUACGGGCUUCUUCUUCUUCUUCAUGUUGUCUAUCGCCAGAAGAGCUCGGAGCUCUUAUCCUUUCCUGAAGUCCCUCAAUCUACAACUGCGGUCCGCUAAGACCGAUGCCGGCUCACCGCCAUCCCGACGGAGGCGUUCCAAGCUAUCGCCAUCGACGUUGCUCAGGAAGGUGGACGAGAAAUCCGAGUGGUGGGUGGUUGACGGAGAAAUGCACGAGAUCGGCGAAAACGUGCCUCCGAGAGAACGGUUUGUAAUCCCUAGAGAGAACAUCCCCAAUAAGCGCCGUAAACAGCUCCGGGAACAGUUCAUGCGCCGCACUCGCCUCGUCCUCAAAGAAUCCGAGCAUGAACCAUGGUCAAAAAGGUAUAUGGAGCUAUAUAAUGAGCUGAGAGAAAAUUGGGAGAGGUUGUACUGGGACGAAGGUUAUUCUAAGAAACUUGGUCAAGACCAUGCAAACUAUGAUUCUGCUGAAGAUGAUGAUGAGGACUUUUCCCCUUAUAGGAGAAGCAAAUCUUAUACAGAACAAAUAAAGGGUCAUGGUUUUGUUAGGGAUAGGCAAGAUGAUAAUUCCGAUAGGGUUAGGUUAAUCCGUGACAAGUUUGAGUAUGACAGAGAAAGAAGAACGAGAGAAAGAGCAUUCGCUCCAGUGAAUGAGGCCAACAAUAUUCAUAUGGAUUAUACAGCUUCAAAGAAUGAGCCGUUUGACGCUAGGAGAUACAUAUCAGAUAGCGAGAGUGACUGAUCAAGAAGUGCGGAACGCUGGUAGAGAAGUUAAAUCCAUGAAGAUUACUCCAUUGGCACUAAAUAGGACUGGGCUUUAAGAAUGUGUAAAUUUGCUUACUUAAUUGUUGCAGCUUCACAUGAAAGAAUGUAAUGAUAAGAAAAUAAAUCGCUAACUUUUUUAUAUCCUGAAGUCCCGAACUACUAGACCAAGAGAAGAUUUGUAUCACUCAGUCUGAACUCUGAACACUCUGAAUUAAUUGCAAAGCAUCGGAUUCAGCUUCAACGCAAUCCCAACUAGCUUCCUUUAUCCAAUUAAGUGUGUCUCUCCUUGCCAAA